CUGUCUCUCCCUCCCUCCCUCUGUGUGUGCACUGAAAGGAGGGGUCAUUAAAACAAACAGUAGCAGCAGCAGAGGCAGCGUGGCUGCUCCCGUAAAUGUCCAUAUCCUCCGUUCCCAUUCACACACACCUACAUAUACAUACACACAUAACAUAACACUACAAAUUCACGUCUCCAAUUCUCUGGCUACGACAUUCUUUAGUUAUCCUGUUCUUCGUCAUAUCCUUGGUCCUGAACCCAGUGACAGUGGGAAAAAAUACAACAUCGCUCAUCUGCUGCAUUUUAUAUUAUUUCUCCCCACUUCUGAAUGACGGGCGGACGGUUUGACUUCGACGAUGGCGGAACAUACUGCGGUGGCUGGGAAGAUGGGAAAGCCCACGGGCACGGCAUCUGCACCGGCCCCAAGGGCCAGGGCGAGUACGCCGGGUCCUGGUCGCAUGGCUUUGAGAUAGUCGGGGUGUACACCUGGCCCAGUGGGAAUAUGUACGAAGGAUACUGGGCGCAGGGCAAAAGGCAUGGGUUAGGUGUAGAGACGAAAGGAAGGUGGUUGUACCGGGGCGAGUGGAGUCAUGGGUUUAAGGGUCGCUAUGGGGUCCGGCAAAGCGUCAACACACCGGCCAGGUACGAGGGCACUUGGAGUAAUGGGCUACAGGACGGGUAUGGCAUUGAGACCUAUGGAGAUGGAGGUACUUACCAGGGGCAGUGGACUGGAGGAAUGAGACAUGGGUACGGUGUUCGACAGAGUGUGCCUUAUGGAAUGGCUACGGUUAUUCGUUCACCCCUUCGAACCUCCCUUGCUUCACUUCGCAGUGAGCAGAGCAAUGGCAGUGUACUUCAUGACAUCACAGCAGACAGCCCCGCUGGAACUAGAGGAGGCUUUGUGCUCAACUUUCAGAGUGACAGCGAAGGAAUGACCAGUAAGAAAAAGGGCCUGUUCAGAAGAGGUUCCCUUCUAGGCAGUUUGAAGCUUAGAAAAUCUGAAUCUAAAACAUCUAUAUCAAGCAAACGCAGCUCGGUACGGAGUGAUGCAACAAUGAGUCGCAUUAGUUCCAGUGAUGCCAACUCUACAAUUAGCUUUGGCGAUGGGGACUUACCUGAUGAUUAUUUCCCGAUGGAAGACCACGUUGAUGCUACAACAACUGAAACAUAUAACGGAGAAUGGAAGAAUGAUAAGCGUAGUGGGUUUGGCAUCAGUGAGCGCUCAAAUGGAAUGAAGUACGAGGGGGAGUGGCUGAACAACAUGAGGCAUGGAUACGGGUGCACAAUGUUUCCAGAUGGUACAAAGGAAGAAGGAAAGUACAAAAACAAUGUUUUAGUGCGUGGAAUUAGAAAGCAACUUAUACCCCUUAAAAAUACGAAAACUAAAGAAAAAGCUGAUCGAGCUGUGGAAGGAGCACAACGGGCAGCAGCUAUUGCAAGAACAAAAGUUGAAAUAGCUGCUUCAAGAACCGCACAUGCAAGGGCUAAGGGAGACGCUGCAGAUCAGGCAGCCCAGGCUGCCUGCCAGGAAUCUGAUCUUGCAAGAGCCGUUGCCAGGGAACUUUCUCCAAGCUUCCACCAGCCAGGCCCUGAUUACCUCAAGCAGAGGUUUAACGACACCAUGGAAAUCAAGGAGGCCCCAGAAGAGAAAAUUAAGGAAAACCCUCCCCCAUCCCCAUCAGACAGUCCUCAUUUUUACAGGAAAGGAACAACUCCCCCUCGAUCUCCCCAGGAGAGCCCCAGAACCACCCCGUCCCCAUCUCCCCAAAGCAGCACGAAGAAGAAGCAGAAUAGCAGCAGCUCUGGGGGAAAGCUGAGCAAGGAAGACAAGGUCCCGACCACCGAAAACUUAGCAGCCAGCUCAAGCAAGUCAGGGUCAAGAUCAUCAGUGAGGCAGGAAGCGCCCCCCAAACCUGUCAAGAAAGUGGAACCAGCUCACAAUCCCACCACCUCUGGAAACGGACAGUUACACUCCCAGUACCAUAGCUAUUUAGUGAAGACAGACAUGAAGCUGCCAGCUGAAGAGCUUGAAGAUGUUGACUACAAUGUAUCCCAUGCGUCUCUAGGUAGACAUCUGCCCCCUCCGAAGCAGAGCAGAGCACCCCCCGCCAAGUCCCUAAAGGCGAAGCAAGUCGCCAAAGAAAGCAAACCCGAGCAAAAACUCAAGAAACAGGAAUCCUCAAAACCAAAGAGCCUAUCAGAAACCAAGAAAGCAAGCAUCGAGGUCACAAGUGAAAUUAUAGAGGUUGAAUCAGGUCCUAACUCAAUUUUGGUUGCCCUUGUUAUGCUGUUGAAUGUUGGUUUAGCAAUUCUUUUCAUCCAUUUCCUGACUUGAUGGAGCAAUAGCUCAG